AUGCGGACUCACGGACCUUCACCUGGUCCGAGCGUCCUCCAUUAUCGCGGGCCGCCGCAUCGUCAUGUCCGCCCAGUCGCUUCGCUAUCGUGGCCCCCUCUGCUUUCCAUCCGAGCGUCUCGCCUUUGUCUAUUAAUCAUGUCGGGUGCCGUGGGCCGUGAGGCUGUCUUCCCGACUCGUCAGUCGCUGGGGUUGAUGAAGGGUAAGCUGAAGGGCGCUGAAAUCGGCCACAGCUUGUUGAAGAGAAAGAGUGAAGCAUUGACAAAGCGAUUCCGCGAGAUCACACGCCGUAUCGAUGAAGCGAAACAGAAGAUGGGACGAGUCAUGCAGAUCGCCGCCUUUUCCCUGGCAGAAGUGAGCUACGCCGUCGGAGGCGAUAUCGGUUACCAGAUCCAAGAGUCCGCCAAGCAGGCCCGAUUCCGCGUCCGGACCAAACAAGAGAACGUGUCCGGUGUCCUAUUACCCCAUUUCGAGAGCUUCACGGAGGAUUCCAUCAAUGACUUUGGUCUCACCGGUCUCGGAAAAGGAGGUCAGCAGGUGCAACGAUGUCGGGAAACCUAUGCCAGAGCGGUAGAGACCCUGGUUGAACUUGCGAGUCUACAGACUGCAUUCGUCAUUCUGGACGAGGUGAUUAAGGUGGUUAACCGAAGAGUCAACGCCAUUGAGCACGUCAUUAUUCCCCGUACAGAAAACACUAUCAAAUAUAUCAACUCCGAGCUGGACGAGCUGGACAGAGAGGAGUUCUACCGACUUAAGAAGGUUUCGGGCAAGAAACAGCGCGAUGUCGCUGCUGCGGACGCCGAGAUCAUGGCUGCGAGAGAAAGAGAAGCAGCGAAGCAGCUAACAGAGGACAAGCCUCAAAAAGAAGAAGAGACACCCGAUGCCCCGGACGUGUUUGGGGAGCAAGAAGAUGCAGACGUCAUUUUCUAA